AUGGCGCAAAAAUAGCGAUUCAAAGAGGAAACUGAACCUGAUAUUUUUUUUAAAAUUGAUCCUUAGGAGCUAUCUGAAAUGUUUGAUAUUGAUAAUAUCAGAGAUCAUCAUAGUUCAAGCAUGCUAAGAUAAAAAGGAGGACCUCUAAGCUUGCUGGCAGACUUGCAUACAAGUAUUGAUAGAGGUAUAAAUUAAAUCGAAUCUGAAAUAGAAGCACGUAAGGAGCACUUUGGUGAAAAUCUUCGUAUUUAGAAGGAACCUAAGACUCUUUUUGAAAUGAUCAUAGAUUGCUUUGAAGAUUUGAUGUUGUAAAUUCUUUGCUUAGCAUCUUUAGUUUCCACAACCAUAGGUAUUCUUGAAGAUGGUCUUGCUAAAGGAUGGAUGGAAGGAGCAACAAUUUUAAUUGCAGUUUUAAUUAUCGUCAGUAUUUCUGCUGGUAAUAACUAUAUCAAAGAGCAAUAGUUUUUAAAGCUUAAUGCAAAGAGAGAGGAAAUUACAGUAAAAGUUAAAAGAAACGGUUAAAAAAAAUAAAUUGAUUGCAAAUAGUUACUUGUAGGAGAUAUUCUAUACGUUGAAAUAGGUGAUGUUAUGCAAGUCGAUGGUAUUUUGAUGGAAGGAAGCGAAAUUCAAAUGGACGAAUCAAGUGUAACAGGAGAAAGUGAUCAUAUCAAUAAAACUCCUGCUCUUUUAGGUGAAGUGGGAAACACUACCUCGUUUCUAAUUUCAGGCUCAAAAGUUAUGGAUGGAACUGGACUUAUGCUUGUCUGUGCAGUAGGAUAAAAUACAUAAUUAGGUAAAUUGAGAGAAAAACUAUAAGAUGAGUAGCCUCCAACUCCUUUAUAACAAAAAUUAGAAACAGUCGCAGAAGAUAUUGGUAAAAUUGGUACUGUGGCUGCUGCCCUUACUAUGCUUGCUAUAAAUAUUCAUUUAAUUGUUAAUAUUGUAAUUGGAGAGCACUGUUUUCUUUGUAUCGAGAGUGCUUAAGCAGUAGUUAAUAGUUUUCUAAUUGGUAUUACAAUUAUUGUUGUUGCAGUCCCUGAAGGACUUCCUUUAGCAGUAACAAUUGCUUUAGCAUAUUCAGUUAAUAAAAUGAAAGAUGAAAAUAACCUUGUAAAAGAAUUAUCUUCUUGUGAAAUUAUGGGAGGAGCCACUAACAUUUGCUCAGAUAAAACUGGUACUCUAACUCAAAAUAUUAUGUCAGUAUCAAAAAUGUAUAUUGAUAAUAGAAUUUAUAAAAGAGAGUAAAUAAGAAGAGAUUAAGUUGCUCCUAAUCUUGCCACUCUUCUAGCUGAAUGUAUUUGUGUAAAUUCAUCAGCUGACCCUGAAAAAGAGCUUCUCACUAGUAAAUGGGUAUAAAUUGGAAACAAAACUGAAUGUGCUUUAAUAGAGUUGGCAGAUUAACUAGGAUUUGGGUAUUAAAACUUUAGAACAAAAGAUAUUUUAAGGGUUUUACCUUUCAGUAGUACAAGAAAGAAAAUGACCACUGUCUAUCGUUACAGCCCUAAUUGCUAUAGAGUAUAUGUCAAAGGUGCAAGUGAAGUUAUUUUAGAACGUUGCACAUUUAUAAAGCUAAGAUCUGAAAAUAUGCCUUGUGACUAUUAAUAGAAGGAAAAAAUUAAAGUUCAAGUCAUCAAAAAAUUCGCUGAUGAUGCUUUAAGAACUCUUGCUUUAGCCUAUAAAGAUAUUGAAAUUUAACCAGGCAUGGAUGCCAAAGAAAUCAAUGAAAAUUUUCUUGAAACAAAUUUAACUUUGAUAGGUAUUGCAGGUAUAAAAGAUCCACUAAGACCAGAAAUUCCAAAGGCUAUUAAAACUUGCCAUUAAGCAGGUAUAACUGUUAGAAUGGUUACAGGUGAUAAUGUGAACACUGCAGUAGCUAUUGCUAAAGAUUGUGGUAUCUUACCUUAAGAUACUAAAAUUACAAAUAAUAAUUAUGAAAUUCUGGAGGGAAAGAAAUUUAGAGAAUUAGUUGGAGGAGUUAAGUAUGAGAAUCCUCAUGCUCAAGAUAUCCAAGAUAGAGGAUAAGCGAAGAUAGUUAAUUUCGAUAUUUUUAAGUAGAUUGUAAAAGAUUUAAAAGUACUUGCUAGAUCUACACCAGAAGAUAAAUACUUACUUGUUACAGGUUUAAUUUAGAUGGAAGAAGUUGUUGCUGUCACAGGUGAUGGAACUAAUGAUGCUCCUGCUCUUAAAAAGGCUGAUGUCGGUUUUGCUAUGGGUAUAGCAGGAACUGAAAUAGCAAAAGAAGCUGCAGGUAUUAUCCUUCUUGACGAUAAUUUUGCCAGUAUUAUUACCGCAUGUAAGUGGGGUAGAAAUAUUUAUGAUUCCAUAAGAAAGUUUAUUUAGUUUUAAUUAACUGUCAACGCAGUUGCUUUGUUUAUGUGCUUUAUGGGAGCAGUCAUUUUGAAGUAAUCUCCCUUGAAUUCAAUUCAGAUGCUUUGGGUUAACCUUAUUAUGGACACUUUUGCUUCUUUAGCACUUUCAACAGAACCACCAAGUGAUUCUCUUUUAAAAAGAAUGCCUUAUGGACGUAAUGAUUCAAUUAUUACACCAAACAUGUGGAGAAAUAUAGCAGGAUAAAGUCUCUAUUAAAUUACUAUACUAAGUCUUAUCUUAUUUAAAUUUCCAGAGUGGUUGGAUAUUCAAAGUUCAAUAGGAAUGGUGAAAUUUUCUGAUGAAAAAGCUGUACAUUUUACCAUAUUCUUUUAAGCGUUUGUUUUGAUGUAAGUUUUCAAUGAAUUUAAUGCUAGAAAACUUGAAAGAAAUUAAAUUAAUGUAUUUGAAGGUUUGUUUAAUAAUUGGCUCUUUUGGUUAGUUAUUCUUUUCACUUUCUUCAUUUAAUUUUUGAUGGUAAGUGUUGGUGGAGAGUAUGUUGGUGUUACUACUUUAACUAUUACAUAGCAUUUAAUAUGCAUGGCUAUAGGAUCAGGAGGAUUAUUGGUUGGUGUCUUAAUUAAAAUAUUUCCCAACGAGUUAUUUAAUCAUAUCCAAUUAUUUAGAGAAGAAGCUAUGGAAUAUACAAAGAUGGAUUAAUCUUUUACCAGCAUUGUCCGUAAAAAAUCGUCUAUCAGAUAUAAUUACUCAGGAUUAAAUGUAGGUAGCUAAUAGAACAUAGAGUAAUAACCAGUUAAUUCACCUAAAAGUCAACAAAAAAUAAAUCAAAAUGCUUGA